AUGGCUACGGGUGGCGCACGUCGUGUAGAGGCCUCCUCGAGCUCCAAGAUGCGCAUAAAGGCUUUCCCCACUUCAAUGGACGAGCGCCAUAUUAAUCAGACAUGGGAGCAGCUAAAGCGAGCCAUGCUGGAGAUACAAAAGAAAAAUAACAGUGGCCUUAGUUUUGAGGAGCUCUACCGCAACGCGUAUACUCUCGUUCUGCAGAAGAAGGGUGAUUUACUUUACAAUGGCACUGAACGGGUUGUCAAGGAGCACAUGCUACGGAUACGUGAAGCGGUCAUAGAGCACUUGAAUAAUCAGUUUCUUUCAUUUCUUAAUACCUCCUGGAAGGAUCACCAAACAGCGAUGACCAUGAUACGUGAUAUUCUAAUGUACAUGGAUCGCAUCUAUGUCCCUCGCGAGAGACUGGACAAUGUGUAUAAGAUGGGGAUGACCUUAUUUUGUCAGUAUGUGCUACGUUACCCAGUUAUCUGCGAGAAUCUUCAAAAGACCCUGCUAGACAUGGUGAAGCGAGAGCGCCUGGGAGAUGCCAUCUCGCGACCGCAAAUUCGCGAUGCAUGCCAAAUGUUUGUUCAGCUUGGUGUGGGUUCUCUAGCUGUCUACGAGGAGGACUUUGAACGGGCUUUUCUGCUCCAAACGAGAGAGUUCUAUCGGGCCGAAAGUGAGGCUUUUCUAGCCGAGAAUACCUCCGCAACGAUGUAUGUUCAGAAGGUUGAGCAGCGAAUUGAGGAGGAGAUGAAGCGUGCCUACCAGUAUCUCGACUCCUCCACUGAGCCCAAGGUCGUGGCUGUACUGGAAGAAGAACUCAUAAGCCGACACUUGCAGACCAUUGUGAACAUGGAGAAUUCUGGUCUAGUUUUCCUACUGACGCACGAUCGUUUUGACGAGAUUGCAAAUAUGUAUAAUGUUUUGUCGCGUGUCCCAGAGGGACCUAAAGCAAUGAGUCAGUGUAUUAGCACCUUCCUACGUGAGCGUGGCCAGAAUAUUGUGCGCGAGAGUGGAAGUAGCAAUCCACAACAGUACAUCCAGGAUCUCCUCCAAUUGCGAGACCGCUGUAAUGUUCUGCUUACCGCUUUGGGCAACAAACAAAUCUUCCGGAACCAAAUAAAUGCUGAUUUUGAGUACUUUAUCAACCUGAACCCCAAGUCUACGGAGUUCUUGUCGCUAUUCAUUGACGAGAAGCUCAGGAGGGGUACCAAGGGUAUGGCUGAUCAGGAUGUGGAUGCCGUUUUUGACAAAUGCACCGUCCUCUUCCGUUACCUUCAAGAGAAGGACAUCUUUGAGCGUUACUACAAACAACACUUGGCCAAACGAUUGCUGCUUAGCAAGAGCCAGUCAGAUGACCAGGAGAAGAGCAUGAUCUCGAAACUGAUGGCUGAAUGCGGUGGAGUGUUUACCAGUAAACUGGAAGGGAUGUUCAAGGACAUGGCUGUCUCAAAGACUUUGAUGGAAGAGUUUCUGCAGUCCACUCCUGUUACUCCUAGCUUGGAUCUGUAUGUUCGCGUUCUAACGACUGGUCUCUGGCCAACACAAUCGGUUAGCCCGCGUGUUUCUUUGCCCGAGGAGGCUAUGGCAGCUUUCAAUGUUUACUCGGCGUGA